GCUCGAUUCGAUCAAAGCAGAGAUGAAGAAUGGGGUCCUGAAAGUGGCUGUGCCGAAGGUGAAGGAAGAAGAGAGGAAGGAUGUGAAGCAUGUUGCUGUGGAGUGAAAUUGAGAAGAAGGAGAUGAAAAAAAAAACUCUGUUUCAUGGAGAUCUCUGUUCUGGUUUUGCUUUGCUUUUAGCAUUCCAUCUUCUGACUUGGGAAUCGGUACUGUUCAAUAAAAUGUAAGAAUUUCCAUGGAAGUUGUUGUAGUGUAGAAGGUUUUGAGAAAAUAUAAUGACAGAAUUUGGAUUUUGUAACUGAGUGAUCUUUGUGGUAUUUUUGACGAUGUAACACAAAAGCAAAUGUUCUUGCAGAGUGCAGAAAUUUCAGAAGUUAUAGGGUUUAUUAUUGGAGAUU